AUGGACGCCGCUCAAGAAGCUCAGAACAGGGAGGCAUUCCGGCAUGCCGUCGUCAAUACCCUCGAACGGCGUUUGUUUUACAUCCCUUCCUUCAAGAUCUACCGCGGUGUUGCCGGCCUUUAUGAUUAUGGGCCGCCGGGCUGUGCCGUUAAGUCUAACAAUGCAUUGGACUCAUCCACCUUAAAUUUUGCUGAUGUAAAUUUUAUUUCUAUGGUCCAGCAUUUUGUCCUUGAGGAGAACAUGCUAGAAGUCGAUUGCCCUUGUGUCACACCAGAGGUUGUGCUCAAGGCAUCUGGCCAUGUUGACAAGUUUACUGACCUCAUGGUCAAAGAUGAAAAGACUGGAACGUGUUACCGGGCAGAUCAUCUGCUCAAGGACUACUGCAAAGACAAGCUUGAGAAGGAGCCUAACCUUAGCGCUGAUAAGGCAGCUGAGCUCAGGCAUGUGCUUGCUGUGCUAGAUGAUCUUUCUUCGGAGGAGCUUGGUGCUAAAAUAAAGGGUUAUGGAAUUACAGCUCCGGACACAAAGAACAGCCUCUCAGACCCUUACCCUUUUAACCUAAUGUUCCAGACAUCAAUUGGGCCGUCUGGCUUGAGCCCUGGUUAUAUGCGUCCCGAGACAGCUCAGGGGAUUUUUGUGAACUUUAAGGACUUGUACUACUAUAACGGCAACAAGCUUCCUUUUGCAGCUGCACAGAUUGGUCAAGCUUUUCGAAAUGAGAUCUCUCCAAGGCAAGGUCUACUAAGGGUCCGCGAAUUUACACUGGCCGAGAUCGAGCACUUUGUGGAUCCUGAUGAUAAGUCCCACCCUAAAUUUGCUGAGGUUGCCACAUUGGAAUUUUUAAUGUUCCCUAGGGAAGAUCAGGUAUCCGGACGAGCAGCAAGGAGAAUAGCUAUUGGGGAAGCAGUGGCCCAGGGAAUUGUUAAUAACGAGACACUGGGUUAUUUCAUCGGGCGUGUGUAUCUCUUCUUAACCCAACUUGGUAUUGAUAAGGACCGGCUAAGGUUCCGGCAGCAUCUGGCGAAUGAGAUGGCACACUAUGCAGCUGACUGUUGGGAUGCUGAAAUUGAAUGCUCUUAUGGUUGGAUCGAGUGUGUUGGUAUUGCUGAUAGAUCAGCAUAUGAUUUGCGUGCCCACACUGAUAAAAGCGGAGUUCUCCUGGUUGCACAUGAAAAAUUCACAGAACCUAGAGAAGUCGAGAAACUUGUCAUAACACCGGUAAAGAAAGAGCUGGGUCUUGCCUUUAAGGGUAGCCAAAAGAUGGUGGUUGAAGCUUUGGAGGCCAUGGAUGAAAAGGAAGCCAUGGAGUUGAAAGCAACUCUGGAAGCCAAAGGAGAGGCUGAGUUUCGCGUUUGCACCCUCGACAAGGCCGUGACCAUAAAGAGUAAUAUGGUCUCCAUCUCCAAGGAGAAGAAAAAAGAGCACCAGAGGGUUUUCACGCCAUCGGUUAUCGAGCCAUCAUUCGGUAUCGGGAGGAUCAUAUACUGCCUCUACGAACACUCGUUUUACACGAGACCAAGCCGAGAUGGGGACGAACAGCUCAACGUCUUUGGCUUUCCGCCCCUCGUUGCCCCCAUCAAAUGCACCGUGUUCCCUCUGGUUCAGAAUGAGCAAUAUGAAGAAGUUGCUAGAAGGAUUGCCAGGUCACUUACUGCUGUUGGGAUAACGUACAAAAUCGACGUUACAGGUACCUCGAUUGGAAAGAGAUAUGCGAGAACUGAUGAACUGGGAGUCCCGCUGGCGAUCACAGUGGACUCGACAAGCUCAGUGACUGUUAGAGAAAGGGACAGCAAGCAGCAGAUUCGUGUGAAUGUCGAUGAGGUGGCGUCUGUGGUGAAGGAGUUUGCAGAUGGCGUGAGCACCUGGGGUGACGUGCUGUGGAGAUACCCGACUCAUUCUUCUUGA